UAAAACUCAUUAACGGCCUUCUUCUUCUUCUUCUUCUACUUCCUGUUUACGUAUCUCUCUCUUUCUACUCUCCUACUGUUUAUCUGCCUCUCUCUCUCUCUCUCUCUCUCUCUUUCUCUCUCUUUCAUCCACCUUUCGUCGAACACAUUAUCUACGUUACUAGUUCGCUUUCGUUUUCGCUCUAAUGGCGCUAGAUUCCACCACCGAAAAGCUCUCCAAGCUCGGAAUCGAUGGGGAUCUCGCUGCUUCUGCGCCUAAUCUUCAGAAAAACAUCCACCUUCUGUCACCUCAACAGAUUGAGCUUGCGAAGAUUCUGUUGGAAACGGGACAAAGCCAUCUUUUCCAGCAUUGGGCUGAGCCUGGCGUUGAUGAUGAGGAAAAGAAAGCUUUCUUCGAACAGGUGACUCGUCUUAAUUCAAGCUAUCCUGGUGGCUUGGCAUCAUACAUUAAAACUGCAAAAGAACUCUUAGCAGAUUCAAAAGCUGGAAGGAACCCAUUUGAUGGCUUCACACCUUCAGUUCCAAAAGGUGAAGUCUUGACUUUUGGUGAUGACAACUUUAUAAAUUUCGAAGAUGCAGGCAUUAGGGAAGCCCAUAAAGCAGCUUUUGUUCUUGUUGCUGGUGGGCUUGGGGAACGUUUGGGAUACAAUGGAAUUAAGGUGGCUCUUCCAAGAGAAACCACUACAGGAACAUGUUUUUUACAGCAUUACAUUGAAUCUAUUCUGGCCCUUCAAGAUGCUAGCUGUAAGCUUACGCAAGGUAAAUGUCAAGCAAAGAUUCCCUUUGUCAUAAUGACAUCAGAUGACACACAUUCCCGUACUUUGCAACUUUUAGAAGCAAAUUCUUAUUUUGGAAUGGAGCCGACACAAGUAAAGCUUCUAAAGCAGGAAAAAGUUGCAUGCUUAAAUGAUAAUGAUGCCCGGCUUGCUCUGGACCCACAUAAUAAGUACAGGAUACAGACCAAACCUCAUGGCCAUGGUGAUGUGCAUUCCCUACUAUAUUCCAGUGGCCUUCUAAAUUCGUGGCAUGAUGCUGGUUUCAGAUGGGUUCUAUUUUUCCAAGAUACAAAUGGACUUCUGUUCAAUGCAAUUCCAGCAGCUUUAGGUGUAAGCGCUGCCAAACAAUAUCAUGUUAAUUCCCUUGCUGUUCCACGGAAAGCAAAAGAAGCCAUAGGAGGAAUAACCCGACUUACUCAUGCUGAUGGUAGAACAAUGGUGAUCAAUGUGGAAUACAACCAACUUGAUCCUCUUCUUAGAGCUACUGGACAUGCUGAUGGAGAUGUGAAUUGUGAGACUGGCUAUUCCCCUUUCCCUGGAAAUAUAAACCAAUUGAUUUUGGAGCUUGGUCCUUACAUUGAGGAGCUCACAAAGACAGGAGGCUCUAUAAAAGAGUUUGUAAACCCAAAAUAUAAAGAUGCCAGCAAAACUUCAUUCAAGUCUUCAACUCGGCUAGAGUGCAUGAUGCAAGACUAUCCACAAACGCUGCCUCCUACAGCUAGGGUUGGAUUCACGGUAAUGGAUGCAUGGCUUGCUUAUGCUCCUGUGAAGAACAACCCUGAGGAUGCUGCUAAGGUACCAAAGGGAAAUCCAUAUCAUAGUGCAACUUCCGGAGAAAUGGCCAUCUACCGUGCAAAUAGCCUCAUUCUAAGAAAGGCUGGUGUCAAAGUAGCCGAUCCAGUGGUGCAGGUGUUCAAUGGGCAGGAAGUGGAAGUGUGGCCUUGUAUCGCAUGGAAGCCGAAAUGGGCUCUCACUUUUGCGAAUGUUAAAAAGAAAGUCGGUGGAAGUUGCUGCAUAUCUCAAAGAUCUACAAUGGUUAUUAAGGGUCGUAACGUCUUUGUGGAAGAUCUCUCUUUGGAUGGGGCCCUUCUCAUUGAUGCCAUUGAUCAUGCAGAGGUAAGAAUAGGGGGUUCAAUUCAGAACAAGGGCUGGACCAUCGAAAAUGUUGAUUAUAAAGAUACUUCAGUGCCUGAGGAACUAAGGAUCAGAGGUUUCAGAAUUAACAAAAUUGAGCAGCUGGAAAAGAACUACUCUGAACCUGGCAAGUUCUCCUUGAAGCCUUGAAGUUGGCUGAUUCACAGAGUUAGUUAAAUCUUUUGGCAAGUUCUCAAGCCAGAUAAAUUUCCUUUGUAUUUUUCUUAGACCCCCUUGAAUUAGGGGGAAAAAAUCAUAUCAAGUAUGAAAUUUUUUAGGUAAAAAUUUUGUACGGCCUUCCUUUUGUGAACUUUUGUUUUUAGUAUUAUUUAAUCUUAUUCUGAAACAAUCUGAUUCAAAACAUGUAAGUUUUCUGUGGAAAUACCCAAUAAAUUUCCCAUUUUCAGUUGUGCUUUA